AUGUCGAACAGUUAUUUCGGUUUUGGCGGUAACCAGUACGGCAACAAUACCGGUUACGGCGCCGCUUCUCCUCCGACCGGCUACGGGAAUCCGAACCAACAACAGUAUCAGCAGCAACAGAUGCAGUCUCAGAGACAGUAUCCCGGCUACGAUCAAUCCUAUCAGCAACAAUAUCCGCAACAGAACCAACGGUACGAGACGCCGAAGCCGCAAGCUUCGUCGUACUAUCAACAGGGUUUCGGUCACCAAGCGGAGUCGUCGCAUUACUCCCAGCAGGCUCCGCUGGCCGGCAAGUCUUAUCAGUCUUCGCUCUCGAGCUACAACACCCUCCGAACGGUGACCCCAUCGUCGAACUCGGCUCCGGCCCCAACGCCGAAGAACUACUCGGUCUACUCGUCGCAAGGUUCGCCGUACGGCUCGUCGGCGUAUCAGGCAUCGGCCUCGUCGCAUCCGAACAACAAGCCCGUGGCCAGCGCUGCCGCGAAUACGUGGACGGCAGCGACGAUAUACUCGGCGAACUUGCCGCCGCAAGCCGUCGGGGGCGGUGGACUGGGUCGGAAGUCCAAUAUGGGUGGAGUGAAGACCCGACCCAAGUUGCCCCCGAAGCCCCAGCAGCUGCACUAUUGCGAGGUCUGCAAGAUCAGUUGUGCUGGACCUCAGACCUACAAGGAGCACCUCGAGGGUCAGAAACACAAGAAGAAAGAAGCUGCGGCUAAAAGUGCCGCCGCCUCCUCGUCCGGCACCGCCUCCCACGGUACGUCCCUACGCUGUGAGCUGUGCGAUGUGACGUGCACCGGAGCUGACGCCUACGCUGCCCACAUUCGAGGUGCCAAGCACCAGAAGGUUGUCAAGCUGCACACGAAACUGGGCAAGCCGAUUCCGUCGACGGACCCCGUCAUACUGUCCGGAACGAGAGUCGCUCGAAAGGAAGGCGAGGACGGCGGCGAGGAGAAGAAACUCACCCUCCAAGACAUCGUCGACCAGGACGUCCAACCGGUCGGGCAGGAAUACAUCGAAGAGCUCCGGAACACCGAGGGCAAAGUGAUUUCGUUCCAGUGCAAGCUGUGCGACUGCAAGUUCAGUGACCCGAAUGCCAAAGAAAUGCACAUGAAAGGCCGUCGUCACAGGCUACAGUACAAGAAAAAGGUCAAUCCGGAACUGGUCGUCGAUAUCAAGCCAUCCAUGAGGAGAGGGUUGCCUGGAAGACAUUUCCGCGACAGGGAGGACGCAGAGUGGAACUUCAACGGGCCUCACGAUAUGCUGUUCGCGCCGUGGUCGCGACCUCGACUUCCACCGCCUCCCCCGCGAUCCCUCAUGCUUAUGAUGGGCCCCCCUUUCCGGAGGCCGGAUACCCCUGACGACCGUCACAUUCUCACAAAGCACACCGAGAUCUAUCCACCCGACGAUGAGUUGGCUCGGAUACAGACUCUGGUGGCUUACACAGAGAAAGCCCUCAAGGGCGUCAGUGACAAGCUGGCUGGCUCGGAAGAGGCUGAAAAAACCAAAGACGAAACCGUCGACGCCGAAAGAAAGGAAGCCAGCGACGCCGAUAGCGGUGACCUGCCGCCUCGUCAGCUGCGAGGUGUCAUGAGAGUGGGAUUCUUGGCUAAGGGCCUGUUGCUCUCGGGCGACACCGAGGUCGGCCUCGUUGUCCUCUCGGGCGACAAGCCCACCAAGAGUCUUCUGCUCAAGGUCGCCGAAUUGCUACCCGAGCAGCUGGAGCGCGCCGCCGCCAGCGAUAAGGCGUCCGGCGAGCCCGGUCACGAUAACAAAUUCACCGUGACACCCGACAUUGAUGAAGCGUCGAUUUUCGUACGUACUGUGACCGCUGAUCCGCAAUUAACCGUGAAAGUUACGUUGACGUCACCUGUGAUGCGCGAUUCGGAUGUCAAGGAUAGUGGUAGUAAGGAUGACGACACCGCCGCAGAGUCUAAAGCCGAAGCGGCUGACGUUCUGAACAAAGAACGGUGUUUAGCCGCCCUCGCCGACCUCCGCCACGCCAAGUGGUUCCAAGCGCGAGCGAGCAGCCUCCAGUCGUGCGUGAUGUUGGUGCGCAUUUUCCGCGACCUCUGCCGUCGAGUUCCGACCUGGCACGCGAUGGACAUGUGGCCGCUCGAGUUGCUCAUUGAGAAAGUUCUCGUUUCCGCCGAUAUGCCCUUACAGCCCGGUGAUGCUCUGCGUCGGGUUCUGGAAGCGAUCGCCUACGGGAUCAUGUUGCCGGGCUCCAGUCCUGGGCUCCACGAUCCUUGCGAAAAAGCUCCGACCGACGCUCUAGCUCACCUUUCGAAUCAGAACCGUGAGGAUAUGACAGCCAGUGCUCAACACGCGUUGCGAUUGAUCGCAUUCCGACAAAUUCACAAGGUGCUCGGCAUGGAACCCCUCCCGACGCCGAAAUUCAAAACGAACUUCAAUAGAAAACGUCGUUUGGACAAUAGCAGUGAAUCCGGCGAAGCAGACGGUAAGAAAGACAAGAAAGAGGAGGCAAUCAAGAAGGAUCUCGAGGUCAAGGGCGGCUCUAAAGUUGAAGUUGAGACUGUUGAGUGUGCUCCCGUCACGGACAAUGCGACAACUUCUCCAGUGAACAAUUGAGGAUUGGUUUCUCGUGCGAAAACCCAUGUACAUACUUCAAUCAGACACACAAGCAAGCAGCAAGCAAACUCGCUCGUUCACUGAAUAGCUAAUCUGAAAGAGACGUUCCCUUUUACUUUCAUGAGCUUGGAGGCAUGGGGACGUUGGGAAGUGUUUUGCGUCGAAGGGAAUCCACGACGGACGAGUUCUCGUGGUCUUCCGCCGCUCGCACGGCCGCGCUUGCCUCUCCUCUGAGCUGGUGUGUUGAUCA